AUGUCACACUUACACGAAUCUAGGAGUACACCCCCGCACACGUCGAUCGCGCAGACGGAAGAAUGGGUCAAUAAGAUGGUGAGCGACGCACAGAAUGGCGUGACGGAUUUUGUGAUCUGCCUGAAGCCAGAGAUGGUUGCCAUUGGGAAGUGCGGGAUCUGGCAGGACACGGAAAUCGGAUUCAUGUUGGCGAGGGAAUACUGGCGGAAGGGUCUGGCGGAGGAGGCGUUGCGCGCUGUGUUGGCGUAUUUCUUCGAGGAGAGGAGGCUACUGGAGGUUGUGGCCGAUGUUGAUCCCAGGAAUGGGUCGUCUAAGGCAUUGCUGGGGAAGUUGGGUUUUGUGGUUUACGAUUUCAAGGAAAAGACGUUUGAGAUAGGUGGUGAAUGGGUUGAUAGUGAGUAUUUGAAGUUGACGAGGGAAAGAUGGGAGGAAGUUGGUAGGAAGUGA